CCCAUCCCAUUCACCCUCACUCUCAGUAUUCAUUGCCUUGGGCCCCUGUGCCAGCUUGGCGACCCGCCCGGCCUUGAAGCACGCGAGACCUCGCCGUCGAGGCAGUUUACAGCCCUUUUGGACGUCCCUGGGGGUGCCGCCGCCGUCACCUGCUGGUUGCCUGCUCUUCACGGGGCGCGCCACUGCACGGCCUCGUUCAUAAUUGCCGAGGGUCAAACGCCGGGCCUCAAACCUUUUCUUACCUUGUUCAUUCUGACCUCCUACGUCCACGUCUCCCUCAUUCCCCUUCCCGGAUGGGACCAUAGCCACCUGCGCAUCGAGUGUUGGGCUCCUGCCCGCCAUACGUUAUGGCGUCCAGGUACUCCAGGUACGAACCCGACCGCCGGUCGAGGUCUCCUAGAGAUCGUUCGCCGGACCGUUUCGACAGGAACUCGCAGUAUGGCGAUGGAGACAGGCGGCGCUCUUCAGCCGAAUCGCGACCAAACGCGCCGGGCUUUCAGAGCCGCGAUUCCUUCGGCCGAGAGCCCCCGCGCGGGCCUAAGGCGCUCGUCGAUGCUCCCAGCGGCCCUCGCGGCGGAGGUUUUGCCGGCGACUUCAGAGGCGGAAGGGGCCGCGGUCGUGGACGAGCCUGGCCCGCGAGAGAUGAGUCUCGGGAUCGCGGUCGAGAGAGGGACAUGGAUUACCGAGACAGGUAUCGCGACGAGAGGAGUCGAGACCGUGACCGAGACAGAGAUCGAGACCGCGACCGAGAUCGAGACCGAGAUCGUGACCGCGACUGGAGAGAGACCAGAGAAUUUCGAUCCCGACGCUCUCCUCUUGGCCGAGCGCGGUCGCCAGCUCGCGACUUCAGAGACCGAGACCGAGAUGGGUCCGCCAUUGCCGACGCCGACAGGUCCCGACGCGGGUCACGGGACGGCGGUCCGCCUUCUGCAGGCUCUACGUCCUCGGAUCCACAGUUUGGGAUGCCUCCCUUUGGGCGUGGCGGGAGUUUCAUGCGUGGUCGCGGCGGUAGAGGCGGUAGGGGCGAUUGGUCCUCGGACAGAGGCCGCGGUCGUACCCCAUAUGAUGAGCGAGGUGAUCGCUACCCUCGGAGCCGAUCUCAGGAAGGGCGAUGGGGCCGAGAUCGAGACGAGCGGGACCGUGGCGACAGAUAUCCUCCCGAAGCCGAUGCGCGACGAGACCCUCGCGACGAACGAGAAAGGGGCGAGCGCGACUUGAUACGGCCCAAGAAGGAAGCGCGGCCGUCCAUCUCCCAGGAACCCUCACAGGUCCGCGACGUGUCACCCCCACCCGUUGCACCUUCGGCACCGGCGUUUGGGUCCGUGCCCAGUCGUAGUGCCAGCGGGAGUGACGCCCCGGCGGCUUCUUCAGCCACCGGCAAACCUCCUCCGACCGCUCCGCGUGCGUACAGCGAGCGACCUGUCUCCGCCGGCCACGACUCUGUCCUUCCGACUGGACUGUCCCGAAAGUCGGUUCACGAUGCGGCUCAGAUACCUGUCGGGCCGCGGGCGCAGCAAUCUCAUUCGGGUAGCAAGCAGUGGGCCAACCCCAACCUCAAAAAGGGCCCGCAAUCGCCACAGAGUGCCAGACCGCAGACCUUUUCGCAGACUGGACCGGCUUCUGUACGUCGCGAAAGCUCUCAAAUCGACCAUACUGAGCAGAGUCGACCUCGGAGUAGCGAUGCCAAAGCGGACUCUAGGCCAUCGGGUUUUGAAGACAGGUCUCGGUCUCACUACAGCGCUGAACCUGGAGAGAUCGUUAAGUUCGAGCCCGAAACUCGGGACCAGGGCGAUUACAGAGACCCAGGCGCAAAAUCCGCCUCUGCCGGCAAUUCUCCUGCUUUUCGAUCCUUGUCCAAAUUUCCCAAUGGCAAAGUCGCGGAGCCAGAAAAGCCGAGCAAACAACAGCCCGUGGAGGCACCGAAGCGACGUCGAAGAAUGCCGACUGUCCCAGUUGUACGAUUCGCAGUACCUGCCAAGAAACCGCCGGUGCAAGAACACGACUCCGAGUCGGACGAUGACGACAUGGCCGAUUACUUCGAUAUGGAGAUACAAAAGACCGAGGCCGAGCUCAGCAAACUUCCCAAGCCAAGCCUCCCCCGCGGCGUGGUGGCACGAUACGCGGCCAUGUCCCACGGUGCGAUGGCCGAGUUGCUUAGCAAAAGCGAGGGCUUGACCGAGAUGCUUGGUGCGAUUCCCGAAGAAAUCCGUGUUGCUGAAGUCAAACCAAGCGAGCAGUUGCCUCCUAAACCCAAAGCCGACAACGAGACGAUGGCGCCGGGUUCGAAAAAGGAGGAGCCGACUUCGUCCGACACGCUGGCCAAGGUGCCUGAGCUUACAGAGGCUCCCGAGCCUCAACCAACGACAGAUGCAAUGGAUAUCGACGUCCCAAGCGCCGAUGCACCAGCACCUGAAGUACCGCAAAUAUCUUCGGCCGAGACCAAGGCGGAUGCGGAGGCAAAGGGAAGCAGUGUUGGUCCAGCGCCGUCAACGAAUGACGUUGGUGCCGGGUCCGCUGAACUUUCGCGACGGUCCGUUCCAUCGGAAACGACGGGUGUCGGGUCGAAGCCCCCGAGUACUCCGUCGCAAAUCCCGGACGAGGACGAUGACGAGACCGAAUCCGAGGACGAGGCAUUCGUGGAUGUCGAAACGGUGCGCAGGUACAUGAAGACGCCGCCGAUCGAUAGUCUUCCGAACUACUUCACUGGCCAGGAUUGGUCCAAGGACGAAGAUUUUCUCGCCACACUCGACUCCGAUCCUGUUGUUGACAAUUUCGUGGCCAAACAUCUGGAUAAGAUACAUAUUCAGGAGAAGGAAGAGCAGAUCAAAGCACAAAAGGCAUACGAGGACAAUUAUGUUCAGUACCUCCACUUCACCCUGUCCAGCGACCCCAUCGCCGUCAAGAGUCGAGACAAGUUCUCCGUUGCAGCCCCCGUGCCUGAGGUCCCUGGUACCGCGACUCCCGAACCCGUCCCGAAGCCAGAGGGACGCGGCGCCAGAAGAUUUGCCUCUGAGCGCGAUUUGGAACGCGUGUUGCAGGCAUCCAUGCGCGAAGACGAGGAGCGCAAGGAGCGAGAGCUUCGGGCCCAAAAAGAAAAGUACCGCAGCGAGAAGGAAGCUGUGAUCCCCGACAUGUACUGGGAUGCCGAGCAGCGGGCAAAGGCACAGUACACGGAUCGCUCAGGAUACACGCCUGUGGAACGCCUUGUUUCGGCUUGGCAGGUGUUGCCCCCGGUCAACAACUUCACGGCAGAGGAGGCGGAGCUCUUUGAGAAGGCAUAUUUGGAGUUCCCCAAGCAGUGGGGCCGAAUCGCCGACGCCGUUCCAAACCGUGACUUCCGCGCUUGCAUACAGUAUUAUUACCUGAUGAAGAAGGAGUUGAACCUUAAGGAGAAACUCAAGAAGCAGCCAAGACGACGCAAGAAGGGUGGCCGAGGCAAGCAACGAUCUAGUGCAUUGGUGUCGGAGCUUGGAAAUGCAGAGCAGGAUGGGGAAGAGACACAGGACACUGGGGACAACGGGGAACGGAGGCGACCACGACGCGCCGCGGCGCCCACUUGGGGUUUCGAGCAGCCGGCGACCGACAGCGAGAAUGCGACUCCCGCUGGGACUCCUGGUCGCCGCGGGGCAUCGGCCGCGGCGAGGGCAGAACAAGGCGAGAAGGUGGACGGCAGAAAAGGCAGGCGUAAGGCUGCCAAAGACAAGGAGGCCAAGGGCGCGAAGGCGGGCCAGAACCUCGCCGCUGCGGCCACACCGUCGUCUGCGCGCGGGCGCUCGCGAUCCAGCUCGCGCGUGCCGCCCAACAUUGAGGCUCCGACGCCAGCUCCGGCAGAACCGAACCGUGCGCCUGCUGCGUUCGAGCAGCCGCCGGCCCAUGCUGGCAUUCAGCCCCCGUUUCCAGUGCAGCAGCAGCAACAGCCCGUGCAAGCUGCUGAGCGGCCGAAGCCCCUUGCCGCGUCAUCCAUCGCCGAAGUCAUGGCAGCGCCAUCGUUGCGGCCGGAACCGCCGCCACCGCCGCAGCAGCCGUCCAUGACUUCCUUCCACCUGGCUCAACCCCAAUCUGAGCGCAAGACGACCACGCAGGCCUCAAGCUACUGGAGCGUGUCAGAGGCGAACGACUUUCCGCAUUUAUUGCGGGCUUUCGGGUCGGACUAUGCAGCUAUCGCCGCCCAUAUGGGUUCCAAGACGGCCGUCAUGGUGAAGAAUUACUUUGUUCGGCAAAAGGACCAGGGAAAGCCUGAGUGGGAAGCAAUAGUCCAGGAGGCGGAUGCCAAACGAAUGCGCGGUGAGAAGCGACCUGAUCCGCCACAACCAACCGCUGGAGGGCGAGGCAGGAGGUUCGAGAACACAACAACCGUCCCUGGCACAUCCAGACCUCUGGCGGUUGCACCCGGAGUGGACGGUCAUGGAGAGCCCUCACAGGCGAAGAUGGAUGUUCAGCCUCAACAGGCUCGACCCCAAGGGUUCCCGGGAUAUGGAGUGCCGAUUGCACAGGCUCCUGCCCAGCAAGCUCUUGCGCAACCUGGACCCCAGCCCGGGCAGCAGCCGAUUGCUAUGCAGCAACACCCCGCCGCCGCCGCUGCCGCCGCCGCACCUCCGGCAUCGCAAGCCAUGUCCCCCGGCAAUCGCCCCCUCCGUGCGCCGCUACAGCCUUUCGGUUUCCCUGAGCGCGAACGCGAGCCUGCUCCACCGGCUCAACAACAACAACAACAACAACAGCGGGCCCAACUCCCUCAGAAGGCUGGGAGCUCUGCGGUACCAGAGCUUCGCGAACAACGACCGCUUGCGGCUGCGCAGCCCCUCCCAGCAGCGCAUCAGGAGGCGAUGAUGGAACGACAGAAGAUGGAGAUGCAGCAGAGGGAACGGGAGCGAGAAAUAGAGAGAGAGCUCCAGCGCCAGUCGGAGCGCCAGGCCAUGAGGAUGACGCAGCAAGAGGCCGAGCUCGCUGCCCAGCGCCACUACGACCCGUACGGUCACCGCCAGCAGUCGAGCCUCGGGGGUGGCCCAAGGGAGCCCCUGUCGCUGGCUAGACCCCCAUCUCAGGAGCCGUCUCGAUCUGCUGCUGGGCAGCCGUAUCCCCCUUCUAUGCAGCAGCAGGCUGUCCAUGCUGCUCGGGGCAUGAUGGGCGAGCUUGGCGCUGCUCAGUCGCCGCCUAUGGGCCCCAACCCCGGCAGGCCGGCCUCGUCACUCCAGCAAAGGCAACCCCCUGGGCCCGGCCCGGAGCCAUAUGGCGUUGCGCCUCCAGCAGCGCCUCCGAGCCGACCACCAGAACCACGUAAGACGUCCAACAUUAUGUCUCUGCUAAAUGACGAUCCACCGCCCACGGCGAAGAGAGUCAGCGAUGUUGCGAGCACCGCUGGACACUCGGCGACACCGCCACCGCAAGGCAUGGGUCGCCCUCCACCUGGGCCGGCGCCGCCAUCGCAAAUGCGCCGCGAGCCAGAGCCACAAUACUCUCCCUAUGGGCGAACACCAUCCGGCGGCCCAAGCAUGCCUCCGUUAAAGCCGACGUACGGAGGGUCUCCCAACCCCCCACCGCCAAUGGGUUCAGCCGCUUCGGAGAGGGAAUAUUAUAGACAGCAUCCAUAUCAGCCACAGCCAGGGCACCACAGCAGUGGCACCAACUCGCCCCAGACGUCACAGCGCUAUCCACCCCCCGGACAGCCAGGCCAGGGCCAAUAUCCGCCACAGAGUGGCUAUCCCACGGCAUACGGAGGUGGUGGUCAAGUGCCCCACGCGGGAUCGCCUCCGCCGCCACAAUAUGCAGUACACCAACCCGUCCCACGGGGUCGUGAGAUGCCCCAGGGCGGGCGUGACAAUGCAUGGCCGCAGCAGGGCCAUCAGCAGCAGCAACCGCCGCCGCCGGCGAUGCAGCAAGCAACUGGGUGGCCGACGCAGGCCACCAAGUCUCAAGCUCCUCCGCCCCAGCAGUCAUGGCCACAACAUCCGUCCAGCACGCCGAAACCGUCGACGCCGGCGCCAGCAUGGUCUGCCGCGCCGCCGCCUCAACAACCUCACCCCAUGAGCAUGCGGGACGAGCGCGGCGCAUCGAUGUACGGGGCCGGCUCUCAGCCCCCGCAGCACCGCUACGGACCACCCGCUUCUCGAGGACCGGAACAAGUGCCCCCGCCAGCACAGGCAUACCCUCGGUAUGUCUCGACACCAGGACCUGUCGGACCGCGAGACCCAAGGGAGCAGGGCAGGAGUUACACACCGGGUGUGUAUGACGCACGCGGACCUCCACCGCCGGCUCCUGGGCAGGCGUACCCAGGACCGGACCCGCGAGAGCUGUCGCUCCGAGACAGCCGUGACCCGCGCGAUCCUAGGGAUCCCCGGGAGAUGAUGGCCAGGGGGCUCCGGCCCCACGAGUACGAGCGCCAUCCGGAGAACCGAUACGGACGAUGAGGGAGCAAAGGGUGGGAAGAGGGGCUGCGACAGGUCAUUAGACGGCUAUGAUGACUUACUCUUGUACAAAUGACGAAUGAGGAGGGGGCCAGGCGGGCUUCGGGGGAGGGGAACUGCGACGGCGUUGGACAGGGAAGGUGUAUUGGACAAGCGGCCGACUUGGCUGCAUGGAAUUCGUGAUGAUGGGUGUGGCUUCUUACUGGUAGAAUAUGAAAG